AUGAUGAUGUCGUCGUCGUCGCUCGUGAUCAGGAUCAGGGAUGGGACUGUGACUCAUGACCAGGAUGGAACUUUGACUCGUGAUCAGGAUGGGACUUCGACCCAUGAUCAAGAUGGAACUGUGACUCCUAGUCACAGAAACAUGGUACCGACUGCUUUUGCCGGACGCGCUUGGGCAGCGCUACAAAACUUCGCCGGUCCCAUGAUCAUCGACGUUCUUGGAGAACUCGGGGGCGACAAGGUCCACCGUCUACAAAACGGGAUGACGCUAGACGCCGGGAUGCAUGGUUUAUUCGACGAGAUGGUGUUCUGGUUUGAGGAAUUUCAACGUCCAAAUGCUCCCCCCAACUCCAAUUCCUAUAUCACGACGGGCAUAUUAGGAAGCGGUGAAACGGUCACCUUCAAUACGACUCGGACCACCUUCAAUUCGACUCGGACUUCCACCCUACCUCUACCUGACCCUCGAUACUUAAGGCUACACGCCGCCAUAUGCAGAGUGGCGCAUCUAUCCGGUGCAGCUGCGUACCUUGCCCGACUUGAAGCUUGA